AAAUCAAUGUGGGAAAUGGUGUCGACAAAAGUUAUUUACGCCGCGAUACCAAUUUCGGUGGUGGUGGCUAUUGGGUUGCUGCGUAAGUGGAGGUCAAGAGGUUGGGCAAAGUGCUUGAGCACUACCUGCCUCCGGGGUAAGACGUUCAUAGUGACGGGAGCGAACAGCGGCAUUGGUCUGGAGACCGCCAAGGCACUUGUUCGUAGGAAAGCACGCGUAAUCUUGGCGUGCCGGAACGUCGCCAAGGGGAAGGAGGCUAUCGCUGAAAUUAGGAAAGAACAACCCAACGGCGGCGAGCUAAUACCAAUGCAACUAGAUUUAGCAUCAUUCACAUCUAUAGAGAACUUUGUAAGCAUUAUAAAAGCAGGUUUCUACAAAAUUGACUGUCUUAUCAAUAAUGCUGGAGUGGUAAUACCAUUGAAAGAUGAUGUUAAAACCCAAGAAGGCUUUGAGAUCCACUUAGGGGUGAACCAUUUGGGACAUUUUUAUCUAACAAAUUUGCUCUUAGAUUUGCUGAAAAGAGGUUCCCCUAGCAGAGUUGUAAUUGUAUCAUCAACACUUCACGAAAAAGGCAAAUUGGAUUUUAGUGAUCUGAACCUUAGGAAAGAAAUUGAGAAAGCGAAGGAAGGCAAGACAGAUGCCCGUCACAACCCUGGGUACAGCAACUCAAAGCUUAUGAAUGUGUAUUUCAUGAAAUCACUGGCAGAUAAAUUGAGGGGUACAGGAGUGGAUGUGAACGCUUGCUGCCCAGGGUUCUGUUACACAAGCUUAUUCAGAUAUUCAAUAAGGUGGUACCACUACAUCCUUAUGGCACCUGUGUUCUUGCUGUUCAUGAGAUCUGCACAACAGGGCUCAGAGACUGUAGUCUUCUGCGCGACAGAAUACAACAUCGAAGGCCAAACCGGCAAGUUCUACCGCGACUGUGCAGAGUACCAAUCGAAGUAUCCCUUUGACAACGAUGAAGAAAUCAAACUGUGGAAUGUUAGCGACGAAAUGGUCAAAGCCAGGAAACCUUUGUGAAUGAGGGUACAAUGACAGUACGUUUAGGGAGCAUAGAGAGUGCAUGGCGGUAUUAUCAUCGCUUAGCUAACAAAACUUUGAAACACUGGAAAAUUGGUAUUUGAUAUUAAUACGUUCACAGACCUCAACAGAUCCUUAAGGUCGAAAUCAAUCCUCGCGAGUCCACCAGAAUUUGUGUGAAAUAGUUUUGAUGCGGAAAACGGGUGAUCGGGCA